AUGUCUCUUCAUCAACAAGAUGUUUACGGCAGAACGGCUCUACACCGUGUCCCGUAUAACAACAAGGAAUCGGCAAGAAGAACAACACUGUAUCUGUUGGAGCAAGGUCUUGAGCGAUCGCUACAAGAUAACGAAGGUAGAACACCUAUCCAUUUCGCUGCCCUCGCUGGUGAUAUUCAAUCCCUUGAGGUUCUGCUGAAUGAUCCAAACGAUCUCCUUGUUCAAGACAAAAUAGGUUGGAAUGCUUUACAUUAUGCAGCCCAGAGCGGCUGCGAGCGUUCAGUGGAAUUUAUUAUUGAAAGCUCAACCUCCUUGAAGAUAGAAACAUCCUUGAAGAUAGAAACAUCCUUGAAGAUAGAAACAUCCUUGAAGAUAGAAACAUCCUUGAAGAUAGAAACAUCCUUGGAUUAUCAAGGGAUGAAUGCGCUACACCACGCACUUCGGGGUAUCCCAAACGAUGCAAUCAUUGACAAAUUGGUUUUACUUGGGGUUAAUUCCCAGCACAAGGAUCUGAAAGGAAGAGACUCUCUUGCUUAUUACAUCGAGGACAAGUGGGGAAAGCCACAACCAGAAAUCGUAAAGAGGCUGAUCGAGAGCGGUGCAGACCUGGACUAUGUGGACAAGAAGGGAAGGAACUUAGCCCACUUGGCUGUGGAUACUUUAUGGGAACUUGAUCUUGAUACCUUGUUGCGACUUCAAGAGGCAGGUGUGGAUAUCCUCGCCAUUGACGCACAAGGUAGAAGUAUUCUCCAUCAAGCAGCCAUUUCAGGAUCCGUGAGCAUCAAAUUGUUGCACCAUCUCGAUGGACGCCUGCAUCUUAACCUUGAUCUACGCGACAUCUCAGGUACUAGUGCUCUUCAGUAUCCCACCGCAAUGGCUCAGAAAAAGUACCAACGGUACAUGUGGAGGAAAGAUCGCUGGAAAGUGGCAGAAAUCGUUUUUGGAAACUGUCAUUUGCCGGUUCAAGGUCAAUGCAAAUGCAAUUGCAAAUCUUAG